AUGUCCGUGAACAAUCGGGAGGACUACUUCCGUUUCGCCGAGAAGGUUGGCGAGAUGCUCUUUGAGUUUAACAGCUCGGUGGCCCACUACGAAGAGCAACUUUUCGCCAGCCCUUCAGCCACCGAAAUAGGGGUUUUGCAAGCUCGAAUCUCUGACUUAGAGAAGGAGGUGAAGAAGUAUAAGUCGCUGGAGGUCUCCAACCAAGCUGAAGUGGAAAAGGCCGCCAAGUUCAACAAGAAACUCAGAACCGUCGAGCUUGACCUGCAGAUCGCCGAAUCCUCCCUGGAGACUUGUCAAGACAAGCUAAAGCUGGCUGGGGAGCUGUACCUGCAGGCGACCACCGCCGAGACGGAGGCAAAGAAAGAACUCCAGGAGACCAAACUAAGAAAUCAGCUCCUGGAAGUAGGGAACAGCUCCGAGAUGGAAAGGGUGCGAAGAGAAGAGCGGAGGAAAACGCUAGCCGAGUUCUGGGACACGAUCGACAAGAUCGGGUCGCACCUCGAGGAGCAUGACCGCUUACUCCCCCAUGCAAUCCGAGGUGCUGAAAUCACUGCCAACCGGAUGUUGGUGGAAGAGAUCGAGAAGGGCGAGAUUGCCGACUUGAAGGAGGAGCUCGAAACCUUAAAAGCUGACGAGAAGGCUACUCGCCUUGAGGCUGAAAAGGUAAAGGACUUACUGUUUGAUACUGUAUCAUACACUGCUUUACUGGCAGAUACUCCCCCUGAACUCGGGCCUGAUCCCGCUCCUACCCCCCUUAUGAUCGAGGAACCAACUUCAGACCCCCCUGUUGUACCGAACCAGGAACUGGAAGCAACCAGCCGGGCCCCGGGAGUGAUGAGGCUCCUACCCCCCCUUUUGUUUAUCGCUAUUAUUACUUUUGCUUUUGGUUGCUUUUUGCUUGUUUCACGAAUUUCUUAA